AUGAAAGAGAAACUUAUGCCUGCCCAGAUAAAGUUGUUUGAGACUACUUGUUUCGGACCAUGGUUGAAAGUGCAACAUCCAAAUGGAGAUCCUUUGUUGUGCCAUUUAAUUUUGCAAGGUAUGAUUGAUAAUGUACCACCAGUGGGGAUAGCAACACACCCGUCUGAUAUGUGGUUUCAUUUUCCUCCGGCAUAUACACGUUUUGGCCGUGAAGAAUUUUGUCUAUUCACGGGUCUACGAUUUGGACGACAUGACACAUUUAGUGAGUACACCAAACAUAUCCCUAAAGCGUCAUGGCCAGAGCAAGUUUUUUUUGAUUUAGCAGAUGGUCAAAGAGUGAAAGUCAUUGAUUUGAAAAGAUCAUAUGAAAAACUUGAUUUCACCAUGAUGAGUGACAUUGAUGUUGUUCGACUGUGCCUUUUGUAUGUUGUUGAUGUCGGUUUUUCAGGAAGACAAGACUCUCAGCCCAUUUCUAAGGAUAUGUUAUUACUGGCAGAGAAUUUAGAUGCAUGGAACUUGUUUCCAUGGGGCUCAUAUAUAUGGGAAACUACUCGGAAACAAUUAUCCGCUUCUAUUGUUAAACGUCCUCAUGUGCAUCAAAAUGGAGUCAAAUACACUUUGUCAGGAUUUGUUUUGCCGGGUAGCCUUUUGUCCAUGACUGGUGACAAAACUGUUUGUAAGUCAUCAGGUAUCUCCCAUUCAGACGGAUGUGGUAUGGGAUAG